AUGCUGCUCAUGCUCUUCGGCAUGGAUUACAUCCUUUGGAAGUUGGGUCUUAUCGAAUGGCUGACAUUUAUGAACUGGGCAUAUGACAUAUUUCCUCCCGCCGAUGAUCCAGACCUGUCAAUCCAGAACAAAUUCUUUGAGGGGGUCCAAGUGAGGAUUUACCAGCCCAAAAGGCAAUCUGAAGUUCAGCGGAGAGGAAUAGUGUUCUUCCAUGGAGGAUGUGGAAUCUUCACGAGCGUCGACACCUAUGAAAGACUGUGCCGCUAUAUUGCCAAAGAAAGUGAUUCUGUCCUCGUAUCUGUUGGGUAUCAUCUUGCUCCAAAGAGCCCUUAUCCAACACAGUUCAAUGAAUGCCAUGAUGCCACAGUUCACUUUAUGAAGAAUGCAGAGAACUAUGGGGUAGACCCUGCUCGUAUAAUACUUUGUGGGGACAGUUUUGGAGGCACAGUGACUGCUUACCUCUGCCAAGAGCUGAAAAACAGAACGGAUCUCCCCAAAGUCCGUGCUCAGGUGCUGCUCUAUCCGUUUCUCCAAGCACUGGACUGUACUUUACCUUCUUAUCAGCAAAAUGCUCUCUUCCCUCUGCUAGGUCGGAAAGAUUUGUUGAAAUUCGCUGCACAAUAUCUUGAUAGAUCGGCAUCAAUUAUUGACAUGGCUAUUGGUGGAAAUCUGGUCCCUGAAAACAUUCAAAUGAAACACCGGGGGUGGGUACAUUCCGAAAACGUCCCGUACGAGUUUAGAAUCAGAAACCACAAUCCAGCCAAGCCUCCUUCUCCCAAAAACAAUUUAUUCAACUUGAUUAAUGAAGCGCUUGACCGAAAAAUUUCCCCACUUUUGGCGGACGAUUCCUUUUUACAAGGUCUUCCCAAGACUUUCAUCUUAACUUGUGAAUACGACGUGCUGAGGGACGACGGCUUGUUGUAUAAGAAACGACUGGAAGACAACGGCGUCCCGGUAUCAUGGUACCACCUUGAAGAUGGAUUUCAUGCUGCUCCACUUAUGCUUGAUCACUGGCUCGUCACUUUUACCUGUGCCAAAACUGGAGCAGACAGUGUCGUCGCUUAUAUCAGAGGUCUGUAGAUUCAAACGUAUUCUUUGUCGUCCCAAGAUGAAAACUCGAUCAUUUGGAGAAAGCACGAGAAAGCUCAAGUUCCAUUCAUGGCUCCAUAAACCAGCAAUGCCCUUCUGGUUUUCCAAUAAGACAAGGGGUGUUACUGGCCAAGCUGAGCCAGGGUUCUCCAAAGAGAAUGCCUAAAGGAAAUCUUUCUAAGGAGUCUCUAUAUUCUUCACUGCAUGCUGCUGGCCCACUAAACUCGGGCUAACUAACCGCUAUUGCAUAUCAUGAGCUUAGCUCGGCAUUUGUAGGGGCUAGGGAUGU